CGUUUGUUGUAUUUUGAGCACCGAUGGUCGUCGCGCUGCUGACGGCGUCGCCACACGACAACGCGGUCUGUCACAUCCUCGCGACGCCCGACGACCGCCGCGCCGUGCCCCACCCCCGUAUCUGCAAAGCGCUCUGGCCGCUGCUCUCUCUCGCCUUUCUCAUUUCCGUCGUAUCUGGCAUCGUCUACGCCGUCCAGUCCAACGCGAGCAGCCACGAGUCCGCUCUCGCCACCAAGGAGCGCAUUGCCGUCUCGCCCACCUCCUGCCGCGCACCAUUGCCGUCGCAGCGCGUCGUCCUCUUUUGGGAGACACAAGUCGAAGGCUGCAUGACCGUCCCGCCCGGUGUCACACACAUUGUGUUUGGCUUUGCGCUCGUGCAACAGAGUCGAGUCGUGCCGACGUUCCAAGGUGCCGAUGCGACGCUCCGCGCCUGCAUCGCCGCCCUUCAAGCGCGCUGCAUUAUCGUCAUGGCCAGCAUCGGCGGCGCGACUAAUGUCGACGGCAUGGCCAGCAUCGACGCGCCAGACGCGUUCGCGGCGUCCGCGCUCGCCCUCGUCGAGUCGUUCGGCUUGGAUGGCGUCGACAUUGAUGACGAAACGGUGGGGGCGACGCAUGACGCCAAGCGCGUCACCGCGUACAUGACGGCGCUGCACCGCGCGCUCAAAGGCGGCCGCACACCGUACUACAUCAGCUACGACGUGUUUGUGUACGAAGGCGUCGCUUCCGUCUGCACGAAUGCAACGUACUCGCGCUGCUUUGCGCCGACGCUCCUGCCGCUGCUCGACUGGGUCAACAUCAUGGCGUACAACGUGGAUAUCGACCGCACGGCCGCCGCGGCAAUUUACGCCAAUGCAACGACGACGAUCUUUCCAGAAUGGUUCGCAUCGCACCUCGGUGGGGACGUGGCGAAAGCUACCAUUGGCGUCUGCGUCGGCGGUGGUUGCGCCUACGGCGACGGUCCCAGCGACAGAGUCAUCGCCAACUGGGCAGAGUAUGCCAAGUCCCACGGCGGCAUGAUGGUGUACGCUGGCUCGUCCGACGUCAACUUUGCCGCUACCAAGUCCAUUAUCACUGCCUUGGCGCCGUAGCUCGUCUUCGGACUCUGUGCGCUUGGAGCCGAACGAAUCGAACGCUGCAAGAUAUCCAGUCAUUCAAAAUGCACGUCCGCUCUCACAGAGCUCGCUCUCAAUGGCUACCACGAUGACGGGA